AUGAUGCUUGAGAUAUCACCGAGGGAUUUCCUAAUUCCUUGGCCCAGUCAUAAUGUAGAGUCAAGACACCUGUUUGCUAGCAAGGACUCGAAAUGCACUGCUGGCGAACACGGUGGUAACGGUCUCGCUGAGGUUCAUGGAGAGAUAGCUUAUAUCGAUACGAGAGCCAGGGUUGAUCCAUCAGCUAGGCUCCACCAAUGCUAUAUUGCCCCUGGAGCUACAAUAGGAGCAGGAGUAGAACUGGAAAGUAGCAUAAUAGGGCCUGAUGUCGUUGUGGAGGCAGGGGCAUCCAUCAGAAAAUGCAUCAUCCAUGCUCGAUCGACUGUAUCACCAUCGACGAGCGUAGAAUGUGUAGUAAUCCCACCAAAUGGCAGUAUUAUUGCAUCGAACAAGGCCCAUCCAGUAGAUGGUGUCACCAUUGGGACUCCAUUGCCGGAUACAGCUCAGGCACUUGCUAAGAUAAAGGCCGUUAGGGUAUCAAGGGAGGGAUUUAUAAGCACCGAAGAGCCCACUGAGGAGGAGGAUAUAGCCAAUUCAUCAUGUGGGACCGACAAAGCAUUCAAGAAGGGCUUCAGGGCUGAGGUGUAUGCCUUCUUCAAGGAAGGGUGGUAUGAGAAGCAAGAUGUAUCACACGUGUGUCAACAGCUCAGGAUAUACCGGACAACAGAGCAGGCCCCUCUAUCAGAGCUAUUGAUAGCUACUGUGUUGGCCCUUGCACGGGUGUGCUGUGAGGUCCUUGUUAGUGAUAGUAGUAAGCCAAAACAGCCUGUAGUGGCGUCAUUCUAUGAGUAUUGGGAUGAUGCCUUGGAAGAGCUUUACUUGACGGAUCAGACAGGCCUCUCUAAAUGGUGGAUAGAGGCUUUGGAUAAUCUCUGUGCAUCCUGUCCACAGUAUGGUCAGGACUUUGAGAAGGAGUGCUGUCUCUUUAUAUGGGGGAUGUACGCCAAUGAUUACUUAAGCAAAGAGGACCUCUUAGCAUGGUGGAGCCGUGCCCCCGAUACAUAUCGACAGUUGCCCUUAAUGGCGCAGUUGAUUGGACAGAUUGAGGAGCAAUCCGACGAUGAUGAUAGUGAUGAUGAUUCGGAGGACGAUAGCGACUCGGAGUAG